AUGGCUGCAAGGUUUGGGGCUACAAUUGUUCCAUUUGGGGCUAUUGGAGAAGAUGACAUAGCAGAAAGAGUGGCAGUCAUGAGGGAGACUGAGGGUGGAAACCAGUCUGGAAAUAUGAUAACAGUAAUUGUUAUUGAAAGGUUUUGUUGGUGUGCCAGUGGUAGAGAUGAUGACUCUGAUGUGCUGCUGGUGGCUGAAAGGGAUGUGGCAGCUGUGAUACCAAUUAGCAACCUUACAAUUCCAUUGAAUUUGACGGAAAUUGUGACACGCCCCUGUUCUCUAGUUCUUGAUUACAACGACAUAAUGAGAAUACCUCUGCUUAGAGACUACAUAAGAAGAACCAACAAAGACACUAUAAGGCUGAGGGGUGAAAUGAGUGGGGAGGUCGCAAACCAAGAUUUCUAUGCCCCCGCUCUUCUGCCUAAGCUACCUGGACGGUUUUACUAUCUGUUUGGAAAGCCUAUACAGACAAAGGGAAGAGAAAAGGAGCUGAAGAACAAAGAAAGUGCAAAUGAGAUGUAUUUGCAUAUUAAAUCUGAAAUUGAAUGCAGCAUGGCUUAUUUGAUUAAAAAGCGUGAGGAGGACCCUUAUAGAGGUAUCAUUGAUAGAACAGUAUAUCGGGCAAUUUCAGCUCCUGUAGAUCAAGUUCCAACUUUUGAACCAUGA